CGAUUGUGCCCUCAAUCUGCGAUUUUUUCAAUCUUUCCAAAUUGACUUCGCUUCAUUCAUAUCACCCAAUGGCUGCUGCUACUAGGAUGUGGAAAUCAUUCCAAGCAAACCACUCAUUUCACCUGGUUGCGACUUUAACUGGGCUUAGUUUUGCGCUGAUGGGGUACGAGAAUGGCCUCUUUGGUGGUCUCACUGACAAUCCGCAAUGGAAACAAAGAUUCGGUUACCCUUCAAGACUUAGCAUGUCAACGAUUGUUGCUAUCUACCAAAUUGGCUGCCUCACUGGAUCUAUGGUCACCUCUGUAUGUGGAGAAGCGCUCGGUCGAAAAAUGACAAUCAGGCUUGGUGCCAUCUGGAUGUCAGGCGGUGCCCUCUUACAAACCCUUUCCCUUUCGAGUGAAACCCUCAUUAUUGGUAGGAUACUUAGCGGGAUCGGAAUGGGUUUUAUCAGCUCUACGGCCCCUGUACUGCUGGCAGAAGUUAGUCCAUCAGCAAAGAGGGGAAAAUAUGCCUGCGCUCAACUUUCAACGCUUAACUUGGGAAUUUGUCUUAGUUACUGGAUGAACUAUGGCACGAUGAUGCGUUUGACAGGCUCAGCCACUUUUCAGCUUCCUAUCGCCUUUCAAUAUUCUAUGAUCAUCCCGAUCGCUGCUCUGACCUGCAUGGUUCCAGAGUCGCCUCUAUGGCUGAUGUUUCAUAAUCAAGCCUCAAAAGCCCUUGAUGUACUAACUUCAUUGGAAGGCGCGCAGCCAAAUGAAGCCGUAAUCCGAGGCAAAUUUUUGGAAAUGGAAGCCAACGUAAUCUACGAAAAUUCAAUUGAAGAUAUAGGUUACAAAGUCUUGUUCCAGAACGAUGGCCUAAGAACGCGUGAAAGGAUGCUAAUUGCGUGCUCGGUCCAGUCCUUCCAACAACUUGGCGGAGUCAACGCCAUUGUCUACCAUGCACAUUUCCUGUUUUCUUCAUGUCUGGGAUUUUCGGAGAAGGCGUCGAGUCUGAUAUCUGCCUUGUUAUUCACCUGGUUUUUCAUGGCAUCUUUUGUCCCGUGGUUUUUGAUUGACACAUUGGGACGUAGAAUCUUAAUGAUUCCCUCUGUGGCAAUAAUGGGAUCAAUUUUUGCAGCCUUGGCAGGAAUCACCAAGCAAAUCGAGGAAAACACUCAAGAUUCUGAUCGGUACAGGAUAGCAGCGGCCGUCUUAUCUUUUAUUUUCCUAGCAGUAUUCUCUAUAGGAUUUCAAGCCACUGUUUGGUUCUAUCCUCCAGAGAUUCUUCCCCAGAGGGUUAGGGCUCAAGGAACGGCGAUUGCUACAGCUUGCAACUGGGCUUUGAAUUGGACUAAUUUACUUGGUUACUUUAGCGGUUGGAAGACAUAUCUGAUCUUCAUGGCGCUCAACAUCUUAUUCGUCCCAAUCAUGUUCUUUUACUUUCCCGAAACAAAGGGCAAAACACUUGAAGAAAUCGAUCUAAUGUUUGGAGACACUGUCAGUGCCGAGCGACGUCGCUGUACACUUCAUAAAAUUCAGCAUUCACUCCGUGGGAUCGAUACACUUGGAGAACAUGGCAAGAGCAUCCUGGAUUACAAAGUUCGCAAUGUCCAAACAGAUGCGGAAAAAUCCGAUAGAGGAAACGUUGAUGCGACGGCAAUUUAUUUGUCACACAAGAAGGGGACGAUUUCGGUGUCAUGAGUGUAGUAGUCAAGCGACUAUAUGGGACUGGGGGUAAUGGAUGUGAAGCCUAAAG